UUUUAGGAAUAAUGGAUGAACGUGAAACAAGUAGCACUCCAUCGGAGCUUGCAACUCACUUAGCACGCAGAGUUGUCACAUCAUCUGGUCAAAAUAGUUAUAGUGUUGGACCAGGGGCGGCAAGACGACUUUCGGCGCAACCAUCAGCUUGCCCACCUAUGUCAGUUUCUGCGGUAGCUCCGAAUCGGUAUAUGCCGGUCACUCGUAUUAGCACACAUCUCGCUGGUAGUUCGUCUGCCUACCAAGCAAAACGGCCUUUAUCAAGUAAUUAUGCGUGUGAUCUUCAAUUAAUACGGAAAUUUCCUCGUAGUACCGAUAAAUCCAAAGGCUUACGGCAUUUCAGUACCAAAGUUUGUGAGAAAGUGAAGGAAAAAGGACAUACGAAUUAUAAUGAGGUAGCUGAUGAACUGGUUUCUGAAUAUUUCGAUUCAGCCGAUGUUCAGCCUACAGAUACGGAAAAGCAACAAUAUGAUAUGAAAAACAUUCGACGUCGUGUCUACGAUGCAUUAAAUGUGCUAAUGGCUAUGAAUAUCAUUGAAAAAGAGAAGAAAGAAAUUCGAUGGGUUGGAUUACCAACAUCUUCAGUACAGGAAUGUCGUAAGUUAGAGGAAGAAAAAGCGAAGCGACAAGAACGAAUACGUCAUAAGUCUGAUCAGCUUCAGGAGCUCAUAAUACAGCUUGUGGCGUAUAAAACCUUGGUGGAGAAGAAUCGCGAGCUGGAGCGUGAUAAUGGCCGUCCUAAGGAGGAUUCGAUACUUUAUUUGCCAUUCAUUAUUGUUAACACAGCGAAAAAAACUUUCAUCGAUUGUGCUAUCUCCCAUGACAAAACCGAAUAUCUGUUCAAUUUCGACCAACCAUUCGAAAUUCACGAUGAUAUCGAAGUACUCAAAAGGCUUGGACUUGCGUAUGGCUUAGACCGCGGUGAAGUUAGUGAUGUUGAUCGUAAUAAAAUAAAAUCUUAUUUGCCUCUUUGUCUUCGUGAUUAUGUCGAUCAAAUUAUUGAUGGUACUUGGAAUAAUGCCACCUACGAUAUCUCAUCGAACAUUAUUUCAAUUGUUAACACAUCGCAAGACAGUAAACAGACCGUUUAUGCCAUAGCUUCAGCACCACGCGCUGAAGACCCAACAGUUGGUAUUCCACAAAGCUACCAGCAACCAAAACGUUUAACGUCAUCCGCAGCCCGAGUUAUUCCACCUGUUCUUCCACGAAAUGUUGUUACUGGCACCAACACUCUUCAAACAGAUUCGGAUUCGAAGUACAUAACAACAAGUUCGAACGGAUAUCGUACCAUUCGUGCACCAGUGCGACGCUAUAAUGUACAAGAAGGUUCGAGCAACAUACAACAAAGAGCAUUUAAUAGAAAUAGACAAAUUGCCUACACUAUCCAGGAUAUCGGACAGGACCAGCUCUCUGAAGAACAACAAUACGAAGAAGUAUAUGAAGAAGACGAAGAGGAAGAAAAUUUAGGCUAUGAAUAGUUUGAUGCUUGUAAGCCAAUGCAACAAAAACUGCUUUUUGAAAUUUUUAGUUUCUAGCUUCCAUGUUUCCAAUAGUGUGUAUAUUUUAUAUGAUGAUUCAUGGUCGAGUCUUUUCCUAACACUAAUUAUUUGGGCUAUUUUUAGCUGAAGCGCGAGCGAAAUUAUUUAUUACAGAGAAACUAGACAGAACAUUUAAUGACUGUGUGAUGAUCAGAUUUCGAAGGAUAUUCAUAAGCCCAGUAAUCGCAAUAUACUGAAACGUAGUUAUUAUCUACCCGUUGGUGGCACGAUUCGCGCAGAAUGUUAUUUGAAUCCAUUUUUCAUCUCAAAAAUCUAGUACAAAAGUGAUUUUUUCACUCACUGAAGAAGCGUCAUCUAAAAAUUCCAAAUUGAGUCGUUUUUUAUGCAUUUAUCAAUAUAUUUAUAUAAUAUGAAGUGUGAAGACAGUUUAUUAAUUCCCACUGUUUUUAUUGUUAACUGAUUUGACAAUC